CACUUUCUGGUUUGUUUUUGGUUCUUCACUAAUCAUUUCUCCUCAUUAAUUGUUGGUUAAUUCAUUAGAAAAAUUCGUUAGAAAUAAUUUAAUCAGAGUUCAUCUUUCAACCUGACAAUGAAUAUUAUGGAAAAUAGAACUGACCUGAUCUCCAUCAAAGUGAACCGAGUUAUCAAUCGCGAUGUGAGAACAGAUCAUUUCAUGAGGCCAGAUGAAUUCGAAAGACUUUUAUUACUAGAAGAUGAUUUUGAAAGCGAAUGUAUUGGAAAACAAUUUGUCGAUAAAUGGAGACGAUUACCCAAGAACUUAUCACAAAUUUAUCUCGGUGAAACAUUUUGUUUCUCAGUCAUGGCGAUAAAUGAUUCAGUCGCUGAGCCGGUUAAGGAUGUCAAUGUUAAAAUCGAUCUGCAAUUUGCCAACGAUCGAAUGAUUAACAUCGGGCUAUUGCAAAGUCCAAUUUUAGACGGGAAACAAUCGAUUGAUGAGAUAAAAAGUUACGAAAUCAAGGAUUUGGGUUCUCAUGUGUUGAUCUUUUCCAUUUCUUAUCAAACUGAUGGGCAGGAAAUUCAUUCGUUUAGAAAGUAUUUCAAAUUCCAGGUUGAGAAACCAUUAGAUGUGAAAACCAAAUUCUACAAUGCAGAGAGUGAUGAGGUUUAUUUGGAAGCGAUUCUACAGAACCAAACAAUUUUACCGAUUUGCUUGGAACGAGUCACUUUAGAACCUUCUCAAUAUUUCAAUGUGAAAGAAAUGAACAAAGUGAUUGUCGAUGGGGAAGAGCAAUGGGUCUUUGGGAAGGUCAAUCGGUUCAAUCCUAUGGAGAGCCGACAAUAUUUAUUCUGCUUAACACCGAAACCCGAAGUCAAAUCGGACCUAAAACUUUUGAGAUCAGUUACAGUGAUCGGCAAAUUAGACAUCGUUUGGACUUCUGGGAUCGCUGUUCCAGGUCAUCUUCAGACAUCACCUCUUGAGCGAAUGGCCCCGAACUUUGUCGACAUUCGGUUAACCAUUGAAGAAAUUCCUAGUCAAAUUGAAUUACGACAUAAAUUCAAUAUAACAUUUAGAAUCACAAAUUAUUGUGAUGUCGACAUCGAACCUGCUCUUUUAUUUGAUAACAAGGAUGAUAAACAAGCGAUUCUAUGGUUGGGCGUCUCUGGACAAUUGCUCGAUAGAAUUUCACCUUUUCAAUGCUACGAUUUUACUCUAACUGCUUAUCCAAUUGACACUGGUCUUCAGGCGAUUCCAAAAGUAAAGAUCAACGAUAUUCUCUCAAAAAACAUCUACGAGUUUGAAGAUAUGGCUUAUGUUUUUGUCAAUGAUCCCCAAUUGUAAAAGUGGUUCUUAACCUCCAUUUUUCAUAAAUUAGUUUUGAUAAAAUUAACGAUUGUUUUUA